AUGAAAAAUGGAGGGGUCGCAUUUGCGCAGGAGAUAUUCAACUAUUCAAGCUUGGUUAGAGACGGUACCCUUUUUCUUACUCAUCGGAUUCUGGAAACAAAUACAGAGAAAAGUGACGACAACAGAAGCUCGCCGGUGCACAAAAGCGAGAUGGACCGGAUGAAUACCCACUCCACAAAUAACAAUGGGUUGCUGUCGAGAUCCGAAUCCAGGUCAGCCGCUACGACGUCGUCGCCUUCACAGUUCGAUUUGCAGUGGGGCAGCAGAAAAGGGUUGCGCUGCAUGAAGGUCCACGGUAAGGACCACAGUACAAGCAACGACUCGACCGGUUCGAGAACGGUUCGGCGCGCGACGGCUCGCAUAGACCGGCGGGCAGUUAGAUCUGAUACGGAUAAUAACGCCGGCAAGGACCCGAUAACAAAUAGGAGCGGCGGUGGCCAUCUGAACCUCCGUCAACGUCCAGCUUCUCCCUCUCGACGAAUUUUGAGGAAUUCAGAGGAGAAGGAAGAGGAUUUUCUGGCGAUCAAAGGGUCCAAGCUGCCUCAAAGACCUAAGAAGAGGGCCAAAUUUAUUCAGCGCACCCUUAAUCUGGUGAGUCCAGGUGCAUGGCUAUGCGAUUUAACACUUGAGCGAUACGAGGUUCGAGAGAAGAAAAGACCACGAGGGAUUAAGGCUAUGGGAAACAUGGAGUCGGACUCGGAGUAAGGGCAAUGUGAGGAAACCAAAAAAAAAAAGAAAAAGAAAAA